AUGAAGCCCUCACCAAGAUCCCAGCGAGGGACUGACAGUGGCUCACCAAACCAGGUGUUUCGUUUCUUCGACAAUUCCUUGAUGGCCAUCAACCAGCGACUGAACGUCAUCCUUGGAGGUGUCUCUUCAGAAAAGCCAGACGAGAGAGUCCGCAUCGACACGCUCGAGGAGAAAACACAGCAGGUUUUACAGAUGGUUCGGGAAUUGGAAGCCAAGGUGAUGAGCUUGCAGCGAGACCGUGAUGACGCCAUCCAGAUGUUGCUCCCGGGCCGCAAGAUCUCCAGCAUCCCCAUGGUACACGCAGUGCAGAGGUUUCAGAUGCAGGAGCAGAAGUACAGGUAUUCCCUUCUGAAGGACAUUGACCGACUUUCGAGGAAACUCCGUGGUAUGACCGUCCCAAAACCCACAUCGGGGCUCUUCGCCUUGAGACAGUCCGCCGUCACAGGAAUGCCGUCUCCGGGAAUUGUUGACUUUCGUUUCCUGAGCAACCAUAUCUCGUUGCUGGAAGCCGAUGCUGAACACUUACAAAAGAAGCUGGGCUGGAAAGAUGCUGAGAUCAAGGCACUCAAGGAGGAUAUGGCUACAGGCCGGUCCCGGUAUGGUGACAGUUUACAAUCCUUCUCCCUCUCUUUGUGUUCCCCUGCUGUAAACUUAGGAGGAAUGUUCUAG